AUGCCGGCCUUCGGUCGCAUUGGAAGGCACCACAACCGCUCGCAACAAGCACUUGUUGAGCCGGUCGGAGGUCCUGCUUCAACGAACUCUCCUGUGCCUGCGCCUGCACCAGUACCGCCGGGCCCUGAUUCAGUCCCUUCCUCUGUUCACUCUCACAUAAACGCUCACGGCCACUCCCACUCUCACUCGCUGACUCCAGUGCCCGCACCUGCCCCUUCGACCACGACUACGACCACGACCACUACCGCCGGCGCUAACAAUCCAAUUACCCCCCUUUCAGCCUCGUCGACCGCCUUCAGCUCCAACGAGUCCUUUGACACCCAAAACCAGCUGCAACAUCAACAACAGCUUCAUCAACAGCAGCAGCAGCAGCAGCAGCAACAACAACUACUACAACAAGUGCAACAGGGGCAGCAAGGGCCUCCACCGCCCCACGAUUAUCCUGCUUCUGCCUCACCCGCCGCCAUUGCUGCCUCACGCAACUCAAUCCUGUUGCAGCAGCACAACCCACCUGCUGCCGCCGCCGAUUCGCACCAGAGGGGUCAGCAGGAUUUCGCCGACUCCGUCUCCCGUUCCCAGUCCCAGCGCUACUCAUCGGCCGCAGCCCCUUACCCCAACACCCAAUACGGUGCAGCGUCCAGCUCCGUCGACAACCUCAGAGCAUCCCUAAACAACACUUCUCCUGCUCCUGGUCAGCCUCAACCAGCAUCUCCAGUUCCUCAACCUGCAGCUGCUCCUGAGAAGCGAUCUGCACGGAGGCUGCUCAGAAAUAUCCUGAGCGGAGCAGGCCGAGACCAUCACAACACCCCUCCCACCCAGCCUACCCCGCCUAGCUCCUACGAUAACACUGGUGGCCUUGCUCGCCGACCGUCUACAAGAACUCCCGAUUCUCACCGCCACUCGAUUCGUUACGUACCGAGCGAUUUGGAUAAUACACCCUACGAAGAUCCUGUAUACCAGCAACAGCAACAGCAGCAGCUGCACGCGUUGCAAGAGCAGCAGCAGCAGCAGCAGCAGCAGCAACAGCAACUCCCCCAGCAGCCUGCUUACGACCCCUCUCAGCAACACCAGUAUCAGCAGCAAUUCCCCAAUCAGCAGCGUGGUCAAUAUCAAGGCGGGCCGUCUCCCAUCUAUACUGGCCAUCUGGGUACCGGUUCUCACCAAAACCCCGAGACCGUUUCUCAGUUGUCGCAUGAAUCACCAGUAACUGAUUCAGACGCUCGUUCGGCAAACAUCCAAUCCGCCCAAACCUCCCCCGCAGUAACCUACGCUGUACAGACCACCGACAACCCGCUGCCUCCCACGCUCCCACCUGCACAAGGAACGCCUCAAGCCCAGCAGCAAAACAUGUCUCCCCCCUCUGGAGGCCCGCCUCCCCGCUCUGAUCGGCGACCGCAGCCAGACGCAGAUAAAACGUUGCGGAACCAGGUCGAUGCACCUUCAGGACCGCCUCCCGGUUACCGACAGAGUCAGACUAUGCCACCCGCUACUGGCAACGCCAACGCUGGCUACCGAACUAGCAGCGCUCAAGAGGGCCGCCAAUUUGAGGGAGCUACAGGAGAGCAAGGCCGUAACAGCCCUCAGCCGUCCAACCCUGACCGCGACGGCGCUGAUCCUGAUAAGUUCAAGGAGCUACUUACCAAGUAUAAGAACGUAAAGCGUCUCUACUUCGACGGUAAGACGCAGAUCGACAACCUGAACUCCCAAAUCGAGCAGCUGCAGAACGCAGUUGCGAACCAACGAAUGUCACAGUCGCGCACCGCUCUUGACGAUAGCGAAUACAUCACGAGGUUUAACCGUCUUAACGGUGCUAUCAACAACCUCUCCUUCAAUAUCCGAAAGGAUUGGCGGACAGUGCCGCAGUGGCUAGAUAUGUAUGUCAGCAUCGAUGCAUUGAAGACAGGGAAGCAGGAAAUGACUGCAGUUGGCCGUGCCGUUAUCACACGAUGGAUUGUGGAAGAGAUCUUCAACAAGUGCUUCCACCCGGGUCUCAACUUCGAUCUCAGCCGACAGCUGAAGGAGAUUGAGCUCAAUAUUCGGCGGUUCUCAUACACAAUGAACAGCCAAGAAGAGUUUGAUGCCCUGACGAACAAGGUUGUCAGCUGGCGGAUGGCGACGUUGGAGGGCCUUCAGAGGAUUUUGAAUUCACCCGAGAGCGCGGACAACCGGGCGGACUUCACCCGCAUGUGUACGUCGAACCUCACGGCGACUCUGUUCCAGUACAUGACAGAUCCACCACCUCCCGGUGUGGACGGCGGCGCCUCUAUGAUUGUGGAGCUGGCAGUGGGUAUCGCAGCCAACCUACCUCUGGAGAGCAGAGACGUAGCCAUCACAUACCCCUUGCCCGGAGACCCAAUCAACCCCAACAUAAUGGAAGUAGAAAAGGCACCGCUGCCGCCUUUGGAAACGCAAAAGGAGGGCGACGGAGAAGACGGCCGGGUCGAGGACGCUGACAAGGACAAGAAUGGCAAGGACCGGCGGGCAGAGAAGACCAGAAGCGCGCUACCGCCCAAAGACAGUAACAAAGUACGUCUUGCCGGCUUCUCCGCAGUUGAAGUUCGGGGUCGCCAGGUUUUGGUGAAGGCGCCUGUCUGGACGCUCUGA